UAAGCAGAAAAUAGAAUUAAGCAGCCGCAUGAGAAUAUGAUGUUACUAUCUUGCUUAGAACUGGACAUUGAUUUCAAGUAAAAUUUAUGAAUUUCUUUUAGGGUGUUAGAGUUUUAAAUGCUUGCAGGUUAUUGCAUUGCAGUCGGAGUUUCGUUUUUAAAUUGCUCUUUAUGGCUGAACAUUUAUACAUGUUUUUCGAGGAAGACAUUGGUUAGGAUCAGGGUUUUAAUUUUGGAAAGAAAUUAGUGGAUUUAAUGUUUUUAGACCUUUGAAGUAGUGGUUGUAGUUGGAGUUUUGGGUUUAGAUAGCUCAUGAGGAGGCAAUGUCACCGGAUUCUCGACAUGGCCGAAAGAAGGCUAGCAUUUCGGAAUCUAAUGGCACAUCCCGUGAAAUACUUGGCUUGCGGGAGCUUUGUGAGGGUGAAGUAGGUGGUAAUAGUUCUACGAUAAGGCUGUGGAGGGACCCUAAUUUGGACCAUAGGCCUGAUAGCUAUGAAGAUUACAAGUCAGAUUACCAUCCUGCUCUCUUUAGCGCUCUGGAGCGCCAUCUUCCUGGGCACAUAUUGGACGCGACCAAGGAUGCCAAGCUUCAUGUUCUGGGCAAAGUUGUAUCCAGAUAUGCACCCCGAGGAGAGAGGAAGCGGGCACAGAGGCAUAAAGAGUAUAGGGAGAGAAUUUUCAAUGAGUAUCAGCCUCUACAUAAAGAUUUACGUACCAUGAACCCCCUCGACUACUGCGUACAGACUUUUAUUGAUGCCGUUAAGGAGAAUACACAAGAGAGCUUUAGACGAAUAGUUAUGGAACCCUUACCUGGAGUGUAUGCAUUUGAUUUGCUUCAGAAAGAAUUUUGCCAGUUACUACUAGAUGAAGUGGAGAAUUUUGAGAAGUGGGUUGAUGCUACAAACUUUGAUGUUAUGAGACCGAAUACAAUGAACAAAUACGGAGUUGUGCUAGAUGAUUUUGGAUUUGACAAUAUGCUUGAUAAACUGAUGAUUGAUUUCAUUAAACCUUUGGCAUCAGUUUUGUUUCCAGAUGUUGGUGGCUCAACUCUUGAUACACAUCAUGGUUUUGUUGUCGAGUAUAGCAAAGAACGAGAUCUUGAUCUUGGUUUUCAUGUGGAUGACUCAGAGGUCACUUUAAAUGUUUUCUUGGGAAAGCAAUUUACUGGUGGGGAACUUUUUUUUCGUGGUGUACGUUGUGAUAAACAUGUCAAUGAUGAAAUUGACACAGAGGAAAUUUUUGAGUAUUCUCAUAAUCCAGGCUAUGCUGUUUUGCAUGCUGGUCGCCAUCGUCAUGGAGUAAAGGAAAUUGCAUCUGGUCACAAGACUAAUUUGAUUCUUUGGUGUAGAAGUGCUGUAUUCAGGGAGCUAAGGAAGCACCAUCGUGAUUUUCCUAGUUGGUGUGGGGAAUGCCUUCGCCAGAAGAAAGAACGUCGGAAACAACUUAUGGAGGAAAAACAGCAGGAAAUUCUUUGUACAGAAUCAGGAUAGUCAACCUUACUCUUGCAAGUCAAUGGGAGUUCAAUAUCGUUCCAUAGUAUAUAUUUUAAACGAAGCCUCACUGCAGCAACAUUUCUUCUCACCAGGGAGGUUACACGAUAGGUUUCCUUUUUUCCCUUCAUUGACUAAGGUUGUUAACUACCAUAGAGUAAAUGGAAUGAUGUCCUAAUGAAUCCAUAUGUAUUUGUGGCCUUGAACAAGAGCAAGACUAAUAUGGUGAUUGAUUGGAGGUGAAGCUAGUCUUAUCUUCAAGUGCAGAAGAAUUUAAGGCUACUAUUUGUAUCUUAGUUAUUUAGCAAUUAAUGCAAUGGUUGGUGUCAGCAUUCCACAGUUCAUGAAGUUGGCAUAAGUGCUAUAAAUUGAACUCAUGCAUUUUCUGUAUCAAAAUUUCAGAUCACACUCACUGACCAUUAUCAACAAGAAGAGAGAAUUAAUGCAA